GGCCCGCUGCGACUGCGCGGGCAGGUGGGGCAAGAUGGCUGCGGAGCAGUGCGUGUGGGUCGUCGGGCCCUGUCCCGGAGCCCGGCUGGGUAGGGUCGUUCGGGCCCUCCUGCUGCUGCUGUGCUUUGCGGCCCGCGGAGGUGCACUCUACUUCCACAUUGGGGAGACGGAAAAGAAGUGCUUUAUUGAGGAGAUUCCGGACGAGACCAUGGUUAUAGGAAACUACCGGACUCAGCUGUAUGACAAGCAGCGGGAGGAGUACCAGCCGGCCACCCCCGGGCUUGGCAUGUUCGUGGAGGUGAAGGACCCAGAAGACAAGGUCAUUCUGGCCCGGCAGUAUGGUUCUGAAGGCAGGUUCACCUUCACCUCCCAUACGCCUGGUGAGCACCAGAUCUGUCUUCACUCCAAUUCCACAAAGUUCUCCCUUUUUGCUGGAGGUAUGCUGAGAGUUCAUCUGGACAUCCAGGUGGGUGAACAUGCCAACGACUAUGCAGAAAUUGCUGCCAAAGACAAGUUGAGUGAGUUGCAACUGCGAGUGCGACAGCUAGUGGAGCAAGUGGAGCAGAUCCAGAAAGAACAGAACUACCAGCGGUGGCGAGAGGAGCGCUUCCGGCAGACCAGCGAGAGCACCAACCAGCGGGUGCUGUGGUGGUCUAUUCUGCAGACCCUCAUCCUCGUAGCCAUCGGCGUCUGGCAGAUGCGACACCUCAAGAGCUUCUUUGAAGCCAAGAAGCUGGUGUAGCCAUCCCAGGCCUCCCAGGCCAUCCUUCCUCCCUGGCUGGGCCUCCUGGACUCCCUGGGAAGAACGGGCCUCCUGGACUGACUUCUCUCUGGCAGGAGGACUGGUUCCCAGCCAUGAGUGUUCUGGAGGGAAGAGAGGCCACAGCACAAGCUGAAGGCAGCAGCUUGGCUGGCUAAUACUGAGCAGGUGGUGGGGCAAAUGCUUGCCCCCUCCCCUGGGCCCUGGGCCCUUUGCAGUAAUCUCCCAGGGGCUGGUAAAGCCCCUGGGAGCUCUGCUGACACCUCAGAAUCACAGUGUUACUUACUGAUCAGGGAUGUGAGGCUGUUGUCUGGGGUGGCUGGGGGGAGGGGAGCGGGUGGGCGAGCCAGUCUUCCUUCUGUCUUCCUUUGCUAACUUGGAUUUUUGACCAGGUUGGGGUGUAGCUGUGAUUCCCUGCCCCUCGGGGAAACCUCACUAUUCCCUCCUUGGGCCUAGACCCAGCCUGCUGAUCCGGGGGGUGAGUGUCAAUUGAGGGUGGGGUAGAGGGGGUUGCAGUGUGGGAAAGUAGCCCUGAGGUUGACCCCGGAUUUUUCACAUGGUCGUUCUUUUGAAGGGUAGAAAAACUGGGGUCAGGCCAAGCAUAGGCCUUGGUGCUGGUUGGGGAUGGGGCCUGCAGAGUCUUAGUUACUGAUUUCAUUUUCAACAAGUCUAGGUUUGUUACAUUGGUUUCCCAAUAAAAAAAAUUUGACUUCUU